CCCGCCGAGCGGACGGCCGCGCACCCCAACAAAAACCCACAUCCAAACCACACGUUCCAAAUUCAAACUAACGUCAAACAGUUUUUCUAAUACAUCCAGUUGGAGGUGCCAGGGGUGAGCCGGCUGAGUCAGCGACACAGAUACAAACAAAGCAAACAAAUGGAACAAUGCCUUUAAAUAAUCAGGAAACGACGAAACCUUUUGUAUGAUAAUGGAGGCAGCACUACCACAUUUCCAUCGGCUAGCUAGCUCGCGUUUCUACCAGCAAUAUGCACCACCGUCGCGUAUAUCCAGCAACUAUCUCCACGACCUGAUCCCCCAGCAACACCCGACACUAUUGCAGCAAUAUCUAGCCUACUACAACGAACCGUUAGUGCCACUCGACCUAUCAUUAAAAGCCCCUUCACCUAUCACCCCACCGUGCACCCCACCGCCUAUCCAAAAACGAAAAGCAGACACCAAAAAUGAAAAACCAAAAAUUUUCCGACAUUUCGAGGAGUCAGACGACAAUGCUAACGACGAAUCGCUAGAGAAAAUUCAAAAAAGGAAAUUUGAUGACGAUGUUUCCAAUGAUAGCGAUUCACCGGAGGCGAAGAAACUGAAAUUUACAAAACAAUUCUUCGAAGAGCUUCGAAGUUGUUUACCUAAAGAAGAUUGUGAUAAGAGUGAGAGGAGUUCCCCUGAUAUCGUAGAAAUAAGAGACGUGGAAGAACGACCGAAGAAGUCGCCGAAGCCUGUGCAGCCGUUGAAGAAGAGUAAAGUAGUGAGGAGGUUGAUGUUUGAUGAAGACAAAACAUCUCCAGUGAGCGGGACCAUCAUACGAGACCUUGCGGAGGACGAAACUCUAGUAGUUCGAAAGGGCGACAUCGACCCAGCGUUCAACGUUGUGGAAGUGACGGACGAAGCGAAAGCUCUGAUAGCCACCAUAGAGAACAGACUGGGCCGCUACAUCUGCAGGCUGUGUCGACGGCUGUACAACGACGCGUUCGCCCUCGCGCAGCAUCGUUGUUCAAGGAUCGUGCAUAUCGAAUACCGAUGUCCAGAGUGUGAUAAGGUAUUCAACUGCCCAGCCAACCUGGCAUCACAUCGACGUUGGCACAAGCCCCGGGUCCCAGGCACAGCCAAGCGACGCGAAGCUCCAACUCCUGACUCCGGUCGCUUCCCGUGCCACAAGUGUGGGAAGAUGUUCAGGAGACAGGCCUACCUGAGGAAGCACCUGGCAGCCCACGAACAACCAGAUACCGAUGUGGAGAAGGAACCCUCCGCGUUCCGGCAGGUCCACGUCGAGUACCCCUACCAACCCGAACCAAUCCGAGACACCAACUUCAAUACCUUCUGGAACAAGAUACCUCCUACCGAGCAGAGCUGGGAUGACGUCAGACGUUGCCCGUCCGCCUACUCCUCGGAGGACUCCCGAAGUCUGGACGUGACGGGGUCCGAGGACGAGGGGGGCGGCGGGACGGACGGGUGACGUCGCAUCCUGCGGCCUGUGCCGCGGUUUCCCUAUACCAUCAACAACAUGUACCCAUAUACGUAUGGCCAUGAAAAUACGUUGUAUUUCUCAUAGAUAUCGUAAUACCUUAAGCACAGUAAGACAGAAAAUAAUUGAAAAUUACACGUCACUAAAAAUGUAUACAGCAAAAAACAUACAUACAGCCGAACGUAGAAUUUCCUCCUUUUUGGAAGUCAGUUAAUUGUGUACACAAAAUACCGAUCCGAGGCAUUCACUUCUAACUUUUUAGUUUAUAUUUUAAGAAAUAAAGUUUAGAUUUAAUUGCCUCGACUGGUGACAGAAGGGCUGGCUCAUUUUUUGCGCAAAGGAUCAGCCUGGCUGUCCAGCGCAGAAAUGCAGCCAGUAUUCGUGCCACCAUUCCACGUGGGCAUGAUUCGUAUAGUUAUUAGGAUAAGUUGGCUUAUGUUCCAUAAUGAAUUCUUUCUCAAUUAAAAAAAAAACAUUUUUAUGUAAUAUAAAUAUUAGCUGUUUUAAUUAGUUAUUAUUUAUUGGAGAAAACAUGUUAAGAAAUUAAAUAUCACGUGUCUCAAACAGUGAAUAAAAACAUCGUGAGGAAACCUGCAUACUUCAGAGUGUUCAUAAUUCUCUACGUGUGUGAAGUCUGCCAAUUACUAUUGGACCAGCGUGGUGGACUAUUAGUCUAACCCCUCAUUUUGAGAGAAUACUCGUGCUCAGUGAGUCGAAUAUGGCUUGUUGUCGAUGAUAUAAAAUACUCUAACUAACUCAUGUCACGGUAUGUUAUCGCCGCGUUGCAACGACUUGCGAUAUAAGGCGUACGUCGUAUGGACGGCUUCAGUUCAGUGUGCACGUGGCGUUCGAGCCGUCCCCAUCUCUUGUUGUGUAUUUCUUUAUGGGUUACUUGGGAUAGGCGGGGAGAGUGACUUGAGUGGAAAAGGGGAGUGUUUGAUAACAGUCAAAGGUACUUUUAACCCUACACACAACGUUCACAAGUGCGUGACUUUAUCAUUAUCAAACCCAUACUCGGAUUACUGCUGAGUUCGAGUCACCUCUCAGAAUAAGAAGAGUUAGGCCAAUAGUCGGCCACGCUGGCCCAAUGCGGAAUGGCAGACUUCACACACACAGAGAAUUAAAAAAACUCUCAGGUGUAUGUUGAACGAUGUUUUCCUUCACCGUUUGAGACACGUGAUAUUUAAUUUCUUAAAAUGUUUUCUUCAAUAAUAAUAACUAAUUAAAGCCGCUAAUAUUUAUAUUACAUAAAAAAGUUUUUUUUUAUUUACAUUAUGGAACUUAAGCUAACUUAUCCUAAUAACUAUACAAAUCAUGCCCACGUGGAAUGGCGGCAAGAAUACUGGCUGCAUUUCCGCGCUGGACAGC